CAUGAGCCACUCUACCAGACCUUGCUUUGUAUCUUAAAGUUUUUAUGUUCUCCUUUCCUUUAGGCUGAUUAUCUAUUUCCUAUGUGAAAAGAUAAGGCAGUGACUUUUUAAAAUGUCAUUAUAGGUUUUCAGCUACUGAGGUUACAAAUAGUAAAAUAUUGCAACAUAGAAUUGAGGAAAAGGCUUAAACCAGGGAGGGUAAUUUUAGGACGACUACAAAAAGACCUAGCAAUAUUAUACCAGAAUGUUUUACCAUUAAGAAAUUGAUAACAAUAUUUUUCUUCAAUUAGUUAAAAAUAUGGAUCCUGAAACAGAGUGCCCACAGAUUAUCAAAGUGACACCUCUACAGCAAAUGCUUGCCUCUUGUACUGGAGCUAUAUUGACAUCACUAAUGGUGACACCUCUAGAUGUUGUUAAAAUUCGACUCCAAGCCCAGAACAACCCAUUCCCAAAAGGAAAAUGUUUUGUAUAUAGUAAUGGACUCAUGGAUCAUAUGUGUGUCUGUGAAGAUGGGGGCAACAAAGCAUGGUAUAAGAAGCCAGGGAAUUUCCAGGGAACACUGGAUGCCUUUUUAAAAAUCAUUCGAAAUGAGGGUAUUAAAUCCUUGUGGAGUGGCCUUCCUCCUACUCUAGUGAUGGCAGUUCCUGCCACAGUUAUUUAUUUUACAUGCUAUGAACAAUUAACUGCUCUCCUGAGAUCUAAAUUAGGAGAAAAUGAAACCCGAAUACCAAUUGUUGCUGGAAUUAUGGCCAGAUUUGGUGCAGUAACUAUGAUAAGCCCAUUAGAAUUGAUUAGAACCAAGAUGCAAUCCAAGAAGUUUUCUUACAAGGAACUACAUCGAUUUGUCAGCAAGAAAGUGUCAGAAGAUGGUUGGAUUUCCCUUUGGAAGGGCUGGGCUCCGACUGUUCUUAGAGAUGUACCUUUCUCAGCAAUGUACUGGUAUAACUAUGAAAUUUUAAAGAAGUGGUUGUGUGAGAAAUCUGGUUUAUAUGAACCGACAUUUAUGAUCAACUUUACUUCAGGGGCAUUGUCUGGUUCUUUUGCAGCUAUUGUAACUUUACCAUUUGAUGUUGUAAAAACACAAAAGCAGACACAACUUUGGAUAUAUGAAAGUCAUAAAACUUCUAUGCCUUUGCAUAUGUCAACCUGGGUUAUAAUGAAGAACAUUGUUGCUAAAAAUGGGUUUGCCGGACUAUUUACAGGCCUAAUUCCUCGCUUGAUUAAAAUCGCUCCUGCUUGUGCCAUUAUGAUCAGCACAUAUGAGUUUGGAAAGACUUUUUUCCAGAAACAAAAUGCUCAAAGACAGCAACUCUAGUGAUGCUAUUUUAACUUGAAAUAAUAACCAUAGCCAAAAGAACUAGGCAAGAAUUAUUUUCACCAUUAUUCUCUUACAGUGAUUUUAUGUCUUUCUUCCCUAUACUUAAAUGGCAAUUUA